AUGGUCGGAAGUCCCUUGACCCACAAACGUUUCCUUCGCCGCGCGGCCGGGACCUACGGGCCAGCUCCCGUCUUCGGCCGCUUCGGUCCUGGCCAGGUUCCUUUCCGGACUGCAGGCGAUGCCUUGCCCCGCAACCGACAGAGCCCCGAGGAGUUGGGUGUUGACCGCUUGCUACUUUGUGGCGACUCCACUUUUCCGGGCAUUGGUGUGCCUGCCGCUGUAGUCUCGGGCCUCUCCGCGGCUCACACAACGAUGAGUGUGUGGGACCACCUGGAGCUGCUGGGGCGUGCUGGCUACUGA